AUGAUGACCUCCUGUUUUCGGGUGGCCGUCGGCCGCCUGGUAGCUUCGGGCACGAUUCUCACGUUUAUGACUUUUCAGUAUAUUGCGAUCAAGUCAAAGCCUCAAAUGUCCUACUCCCAGCUUCUCUUGCAGCUGAGUUCUUGCAUCCUUCUUUGCAACUUUUUGGUCGUCAUUGCGCGCUGGGCAGACUACGAGCCUAUACAGGGGCUCAAAGACAAUGACCGACUUCCAAAAAUCAACGUCAUUAUUCCGGCAUACAACGAGUCUGAAUUCGUCAGGAAUUCGAUACAAUCCGCGUUGUCCUCAGACUAUCCCAGGGAAAAGAUGCACAUCAUUGUCGUUGACGACGGCUCGACGGACGAUACCUGGUCCCACAUACAACAAUCCUUUCCAUCAAAAUCGUCAACUCAGCACACAAUAAUCCGGCACGAAGUCAAUCGUGGGAAACGCCAAGCAAUGGUCACAGCUUUUGCAGUGGUUAAGAACGAAAUACUUGUGACUCUGGAUUCCGACACCAUUCUCGACAAGCACACUCUCCGGAACUUGGUCAGCCCCUUCGUCCUGGACAGCGACAUCGGGGGCGUCGCCGGCCACCUCUCCGUCUUCAACAUCCAAUCUCAAGGCUGGGAUAGCUUCAUUCCUCGCAUUCUGGACUGUCUCUUUGAACAAAACGGCAACAUACCGCGGGCAGCGCAGUCGAAGCAUGGAUUCAUCACCAUUCUCCCAGGCGCCAUCUCUGCAUUCCGGAGAGACGCCAUUCUGCCGCACACCCAAGCUCUCGUAGAUACGAGGUUUCUCGGACGGCCAAUGAGGCAUGGCGAGGACGUGCAACUCACGAUGGGGCUCCUGCGCGACGGGUGGCGUCUAAAGUAUCAGAGCAACGCCGUAGGAUACACCGUCGCGCCUGAAACGUUUCUAAAGGCGUUUCUAAUCUCGAGUCGUCUUGCUCCCAGCGAUACGGAACACGAUGACCUCCUAGAAGCCCGCCAGAAAAUUUCCACCGUUCUCAGAGCCUCUUCUUCCUCUGGCGGCCUUCGGCCACAGUAUACUUGGUCAUCUCUAGUCGAUUGUACCGUACGGAAUGGCUGUGUCGAAAAGUUGACAGUAAACGGCCAACGACUAGUCCUCUGGGACAUCAAGUCGGAAGAGAUUGGCAACAAUACAGAUACCAUGCUUCUCCUGAACAAGCUGCAAACGGCAAACCCUAGACAAGAUUCUUUCCUAGUUCCAGUGCGGGGGGUUCGGCAAGAGAACAUUCACAACAUUGGUGAUCUACUGGACGGUUUGAUCGAAAAGGGCUUCCGACCAGUUACCGUAGGAGACUGCAUAGAAGACCCAAAGCAUUUCUGGUACCUAGAUCACUUGGGACAUCCGACAAAAUCUAUGAAGAUUGGAAACGAGGCCGCAGAUUCUCCUGGCAUUUUCCUUACUCAAGUUCGAUGGGGAGGAGUUCUGGCUGUAAUUUUCUUGGAAUUGAUGGCUCUUUCUUGUCUCUUCUGGGCCGUUUGUCAGUAUAGAAAGAUCAAGUCUCACCAACGCAUAGUUCAAUAA